AUACGCAUAAAAGCCCACACUAAUCCUAAAUCCCUAAUGAAAUCCUUCCCUCUCUCAUAACGGCGAAACCCGAUCCGGCUACCUCACCCACAGCCCCGCCGCGCCGCGCCUGCCUCGCUGCUCCUGAGAAGCCCUUUCCCCCAACCCAAAAUGGACUUCGCUGAGCAAGCCAUGAAUUUAUUCGGCGAUUCCGAGGAAGACGAAGACGAAGAGAACACCACCACUACCCACGCCAACAGCAAUUACUCCAACGAUGAGCAAGACAAAGACCAGCAGCGGAGCUCCUCCUCAUCCUCCGGCGCCUCCUCCUCAUCCUCCGGCGCCUCCUCCUCCGCCGCAUCUUCGUCUUCCUCCUCAUCUUCGUCCAAUCGAAGCAGCAGCGCCGACGAAGAAGAAGAAAACGACCCCAAUCGCGGCGAAGUGAGGUCUUCAUCCUACAAUAGCCACGAUUACGUCAACAACAACGAUAGUAACAGUCACUCUUACGAGCAUGAUGAAGAGGUCGAGGACAAGGAUCUCUUUGGCUCUGAUAAUGAGGAUUAUGUCAAAACUCCUGCCAACAGUGUUCACCCGGUGCCAGUUUUACCCCCCAUACGUGUCAUGAAUAACCAUCCAAGAGGAGGUUUCGGACGUGGCCGAUGGCAGAAUGAUAGAGGACCUGGUCUCCUCCCCCGUCCCGGGCCUUAUCCACAAAGGCAAAACUUUGGUUAUGGUCCAAAGUUUUUCAAUGGUCCUCGUGAUGAACGAUUUGUUUCUGAGUUGAAAUUUAAAAGCGAAGAAACAUUAUCCAGAAAGGCCACCGUUUUUCAGGAGCCAUGUGAACUUGCUUGCUACAGUCGUGUAGAAGGUGGGGAUGUCUACUUUGAUGAUCGCAGUUUGAGGCUUUUUAAGAGGCUUAUUACCGAAGAUGUUGGAACCGAUCUUAAUGAAGGUUUUGAUACUUUUAUUCCAAAGAAAGACCUGGGCUCUCAAGGCUUUGGUGACUUCCUUUCUACAAUAAGAAACAAAAAUAUACCGCUUCAGAACAUGCACUUUGUGACGUAUCGUAACAAUCUCAACAAGAUUUUGGGGACUGCUUAUAUGAGGCAUGAGCCCUGGGAAAUGGGGGUACAUAAAAGGAAUGGAGUAGUCUAUCUUGAUGUGCACAAAUUGCCAGAAAGACCACAGAGUGAACUGGAUCGCCGAAGAUGUUACUGGGGCUAUUGUUUUGAGACUCUUGCCACUGAAGAUCCAAGAAGAGCUGAUGGAGAAGCAAUACAUCAUGUUGAUGCAAAUGUUGAAUACUGCUCUGUAAUUAAAACAAAAUUAGGAGCUCAUCGAAUACUCAUGGGUGCUGAAAUGGACUGUUGUGAUUCAACUGAUGAGGGUAGAAGAUUCUAUGUGGAACUAAAAACAAGUCGUGAGUUAGAGUAUCACACUGAGGAAAGAUUUGAGAGGGAGAAAUUGCUCAAAUUCUGGAUUCAGUCAUUCCUCGCUGGUGUACCAUAUAUUGUGGUUGGGUUCAGGGAUGAUGGUGGUCGGCUUGUUCGUACAGAACGACUUAGGACCAAAGAUGUAACACACAGAGUAAAGAUGAAAAAUUACUGGCAGGGAGGAGUGUGCUUAGCAUUUGCUGAUGAGGUGCUAUGCUGGCUUUACGGGACAGUGAAAGAAAAUGAGGACUAUAUAUUGCAGUUUGCCCAUCCGUUCACGCGAUUGGAGCUUCUUCAAGCUCAAACAUGCCCCGAUUCCAUCACAGAGCAUGUUCAACAAUUGUAGCUUCGCAAAGCUGUGUCACUCUGCCUAACCGGAAUCAUAUACUACUACUAUUAUACAAUUUUGAACAUUGUAUCAUAUGUUAACCUUUGGGGAAUCAAGACUUACCAACUGGUAGGGUCCCCUUCUAAUUAAAUGAUCAUCCUCAUAAUCUCUUAUGCUGUCCCAGCUUCCAGAGAGAUCGAUUCAUCUCUGAGUUUGCGGUCCCCUAUGGGAGUUUACUACAUACUAGUAUUGAUUAUUUUAUCGAGGAAUAUCUGGCUCUAUUAA